GCUGUACUCGUGCGGCGGCGCUCAGGCCAGGCGUCCGGCGUCAGGGUCUGUUUCGUAGUCGCAGCUGCUCACUGGAUAAAAAAGUAAAGAGAACCUCGCGCGCUGUACGUCGCGCCGUCGUCCCAGCUUCCAAGUUGAAUGACAACCAGGCUGAAGGACGGGAGGCGACAGUCAGACUCCGAGGGCCGAGGGCUUUGCGUGGGGGUGUGUUCGAUUUCAGCCGGUCACUGGAUAAUAAGAUAAGCUCCUCAAGAGAUGGAUUUAUCCUGACCCCCGCCGGGACCUACUGAAGGGGAAAAGGAGAUCCUCAGAAGUUAACGCCCUGGCGUCGAAAGCCGGAACGGCCAAGCCGCUGUCCGCGGAAAGCGUGCCGCCGCCGUUGCCGAACAACUCCACAGCCGGAACCAGAACCGGAUCUGCAAGCGACCCAAUGGCCACGCUGCAGCUGGAACAGCUGUUUCGCGCGUGCGACACCCGCGGUACGGGAUACCUGGACCGUGAAGAGCUCCGCAAGCUUUGCCACCGGUUCAGCAUCAGUAGUCAGGACGCCGACGCCAUAUUCGAAGACCUGGACCACGACGAAGACGGUCGCAUAGACUUCCACGACUUCGAGAAAGGAUUUCGCGACUUCCUCACGCAGCUCCCGGGAGGCGACACGCCGCCGGAACCGGAGUCGGCAGACGCUGCCGCCGCCGGCGGCGGCAACGCCUCCGCAGCCAACGCGAGUGCUCCGAGACCAUCGGAACUGGAGAAGGCGUUGCGCAGGGCCUCCACCAUCGAGUAUCGCAGGGACUCCGUGAUCAACGGCGGCGACGACAUUGCCAAGCUGUGGAACACGCAGCGAGCCUGGGGCAACCUGACCACCGAGCUUGCCAAGUCUGGGAACGUCAUCGAGGAAAGUCCGCUGACAGCCUACCAUCGGGCGUUCUUGAAUAGCGAGGAGACGCUCAACGACCUGUACAAGGAGCUCCAACGCAGCGAAAAGCCUCAAGUCGUGGAACGUUUCGAGGACGUCAUUGCCGACCUGUUGGACAACAUGAAAAGGCUCCAAGAGGAGAACAGCCAGUUGGAAAACACGUGGCUGAAGGAGAAGAAAGAACACGAGGAACAUUUACGGCGCAUGGAGGAAGAAAUGGACAACCAGGUCAAGCUUGUCGAGUUGCAAGCCAAAGCAAAGGCGCAAGAGGAAGUGGAGGCCAAACGGAGGACCCUUCAGGCCAAGAUGAGCGAGGAGAUGAACGAACUGCAGUCGCACGUCUCUCUCUUCGAAAAGGUCGAGCAGUGGCUGAGGGCGAACGAGACGCACGACCGCAAGCUGACGUCGGUGCACUCGAAGCUGGACGAAGCGCUGCAGGAGAACCGGCAGUUGCGGCUAAGUCUGAUGGACACGCAGAACAACGUCGCGCUGACGCGCAGCGAGCUGGCCCAGAUUCGCUCUCAGUACGAGGACAAGUGCAAGGCCCUGUACGACGAACGAGAGCGCAUUAUGGGCGUACUGCAGGAACAAGGACUCGCCAGCAAGCAGCUUCAGCACCUCCAAGAAGCCAACAGAAAACUGCAAGACACCAACGAUAUCUUGCGGAGCGUCUUGGAGAAAGCCGAAGCCGAGAAGUCGCACACUUCAGACCAACUGGUGCGACAGGAGUCGGUGCUUUCCGACUAUUUCGGCGACUCUGCCUUCACACCACCCAUGAGAAACCGAAGGCCGCUCGGUGACCGGAGGCCCCUGUUCGACCCCGAGGAAGAGGAGCGCGCUUCGGCCAUCUGGUCGACCAGGGCGCCGUCCAUGGACCAGCACCCGGUCCUGGACCGAAUCGAGAGCGAAGAAGAGCCGGUCCUCGUGGACCUCAACCACCGCGACGAGCGAGACGGCGACCCGCUGGAACAGCGACAGCAGCCACAGCUGCUGCAGCCCAAGGAGAAUGGAGACGAAACGGUCGCCAUGAUGGCGGGAGGCCACUUGCAGCCGCCAGCUGCCGCAACGGCAGCCACGAUCGCCGAAGAAGCAGACAGUGGUCUAUCGACCCUUCGUUCCGCGGCCGCGCUGGACUCAGCCGAAGAAGGCCGCCAGACCGACUACAGCACCCCUCUGCCGUCGCUGUCCUCCGAAACGGUGUCGCUUCGUAACCGGUCGUCGUCUUCGGCGACGCCGUCGCUGCACGACCACGAAGACAGCCUGGACUCCAACACCGCGGGCGGCCCGACCACGGCGUCCACGGUCACCGCGGCCUGCGGCCACAGCAGCGGUCCGCUGCUCACGUCCAGGCCACCGCUGCCCGUGCGUAGCACGAGCAAGGCGAGCGACCGCAGCGUGCAAUCGUUGCCGCCGUCGUUCGGAGAGUCCAAGGCGUCGUCGUCGUCCUCGUGUUCGGGAAACGGCAUGGUGUCCAGCGCGCCCGGGGCGGGUGCCUCCGUGAGCAGCGAGAGCGGCAUCGGAAGCCGGAACACCUGGUGCAGCAUGGAGAGUAUCGACGUCUCGCCGAAGCCAAUGUCCAGAGGCAAUCUAUCUUCACGGAGGAUUAGUGAAAUCAAACGUCAACUGGGCGUCGACCCAAGUACCGCGAAGUACCACCGCCGAGCUCCGAGCCCAUCCGGUUCGUGCCAGAGCGUGAAGAUCACGCCUUCGCCCAGCGCACUCAAGACGAGGCGGCAGAGGUCGCUGUCUCCCCAGAGGUCGGGUAUUCCCCCCGUCCCACUCCCAAGGUCCAGGGUCACGUCCCCGGAGCCCAAGCCCGUACCGCGACGCCACCUCUCCAGACAGGACACGCCGGCAAAGUCGACCGACGAGCCCGACCUCGACAAGCCACUCGAGGACGGCGGCUACGUCGAGGACCGCAGGCGGAGCUCGGUGGCCCAGAUGAAGGUCUCCGACCAGGAGACCCGGGGCAGCCGCAAGGUGUCGUCCGGCUCCACGUGUUCGCAGCUUCACCGACUCGGCAGUUUCAGCGACUGCACGGGACCGCCCGAACUCACGUUCAGGGUGGUGUUCGUCGGCGACGCGGCCGUGGGCAAGUCGUCGUUCAUCAUGAGACUCAGCAGAGGGAUCUUCAUGCCGCAACUAACCUCCACGCUCGGGGUGGACUUCCAGACGAAAAACAUCUGCAUCGACAACAAGAACGUUAGCCUGCAGCUGUGGGACACGGCCGGACAGGAGAGAUUUCGGUGCAUAACGCAGUCCUAUUUCCGCAAGGCCGACGGCGUCAUGCUCAUGUACGACUGCACGAACGAGCAGUCGUUCCUGAACGUGAGGCAGUGGAUGUCCGACCUCGAGGAGGUGGCAUCCCGCGGCAUCCCCAUCAUGUUGGUCUCCAACAAGACCGACCUGCGGGACGUGUUCAAAAUGCAGAGCAAAUCCGUCGUGGAGAGAGAAGCCGGAGAGAAGAUAUCGCAAGAAAUGAAAGCUAUAUUUGUGGAGACAAGUGCCAAAGAUGGUUCAAAUAUUAACGAAGCUGUUGGCGCCUUGACCAGGAGCAUGAUGAAGCAUGCCGUCCCCCACGAGAAGGACAGCCUCACUCUCAACGACAAACAGAGCAAAAGCUUCGCCGCCAAGUGCUGCAACAAGUAAACAAAAAAGAAAGCGGGACCGACGCAACGCCUGCGCGAAUGUGCGCAACGGUUUACGAACUAUACAAAGCCGAUGAGUGAACAUUACCACUGUUUAAUUUCUAUUAUUUUUUUCUUGAUUUGUUGUGCUCGAACAUCAAACCUUGCGACGAAUUCGGUUGUUGUCUGAAGUGAGCUUAGUGUCUGCUACAACGAAUUAUAAGUGGGAAUUGUUGUUUAGAUGGACGUUUGCCUCUGUACAACGCUUAUUGCCGUCAUCAUCGCGUCAUGACGUCAUGUUCUGAACUCGUGAUGUCAUGUUCUCGAAGAGUUGUCCACUUAUCAACCGUUUUGCUGUCAGUAUGUGAAAGGCGUGGGAUGUCGUUGCGGCUGCUAAAAUAAUUUCCAUUGUUCCAGUAAUCAUAAGCGACGGACAAGCGCCUUUCAGCAACUGUUGCUUUCGACGACUAGAUAGAUAUAUUUCUUUAGAACUUUUCGGUAUCAUCUGAGAACGGAGCCAGAGAUCUGUGGUGUUUGCGCCAGUCUCGUAGGUGGGCCAAUGACCUACACUUCUUCGGUGACGUCAGUUAACUAGUGGUAGAUCAUUUGAGAAUCUGUGGGCUGGAACACAGCAACUUUAUAUAGAGUCGUCACUGUGGAAGAAAAAAAGAAAGAAAAAUAACUGGUGACGCUGGUGAACGUGAAAGACGAUAAUGUAAACAGUGCAUGCAGUGGACGGCACUGUUGCCACAUUAACCAAGAUAGACCAUCACCGGCCACCACCUGAGCUUUUUUUGGUCUAUGUUACGCGAGAAUACAACGAGUAGUACCUCGCAUGCUGCUAUGCCGCUAGUCUGAAGCUCGCGUGCGUAAAAUUAUGUUCAAAUCAACCCUUCAUGAAUUGAGCACCGAUGAUGCACUAUAUGUGGCCAUCUGUUUAGUCUGUGUGUCUUCUAGUCCCCGGCUUGUCAAUUAGGCACUUUGCAUGUAGUGUUUUCUUAGCCGACACUUUUCUUCGGCUGGGGGUCAGUUUUUUUUGUUGCUCUUUUUUUGUGUGUGUCUAGUCAACUUUGUACAAUGAUUUACACCAUGACACUUUGCCGUUAGACCAAAAAAAAAGUACUGCGAACAGUGGAAGCACAGACUGUCUGGCAUACGUUACGGUCAAGCUGUCUUAAUGUUUCGGGAAUCAGCACGACGUUCACAUUGUACUGGUAGGCUAAACGUUUACCGCUGCCUAAUUAUGAUCUUGCUUUUUUCUCGGUGACUUUGCCUAAAUUGAAAGGGCGGUAAGACCACGAACACGCUGCUGAUAUUUGGCAAAUACUGAUUCUUGUUAUGUACUCGCAGAUUCAAGUGCCGCUGAAUGUAGAACAAUGUGUGGUGUGUAAAAGUACAAAAAGACAGUCAGAAAACGCAACGCUUCAAAUAGGCUGCUGUCAGGAUGACUUAGAUGAGAAUGAGUCUUCGUUUCUGGCUUAUGUUUCAAGACACAAAAAGCAAAAGCCUGCGAAGAUGUCAGCAUGUCCAAAUCUGGUACAUGGUAGGGUCUGCCUAAUACUUCAUAGCUGUCGCAGAGAGACCGCUAUCCUUCUUAAGAGUGACCAUAAGAGUAAUCUUAGCAGUGAGUUACAUACACUCAGAUGAAGUGUCGUAUCGCCGUUCUCAUGCCUUCUUGAACAUUCUUUAGUCCCGACUUGCAGAAACACAGUGUUGUGCGCAACUGCUUAGACACGUUUAAUGUUAAAGAGCGCAGGAAGAGCAUCCAAAGCGAACGCGGAAAGCCGUUACUGCUAAGUUACGAGACGCAAUGUGACAAGUUAUUUCACAACUAGCAGCUUCAUGCUUGGUUGGUGAACGCCUGGCAACACUGACUGCUAGUGGCUCCCCUACCGCAGCUGUACAACUAAAAUGGCUAGUGAACACGUUGUUACAGCGCAGUGCCCACUAUGACGUGUGACAAGAGACAUCAUGUGGGCAUCAAUCGGAGCAUGUUAGAGCUUCAUGGUACCCGACAUGGGACCUGAGGUUGUGAAUACGACCGUUGUUCUUAUAAGUCUGAAUGAGUGCUUUGAUAUACUAUUGAAAUCUGUCGUUAUCUCAUGGAACCUGGUGGAACCUAGGCAUUCUAAAACGCGGUUCCUGGCACGACUGUUGCAGCUCUGAACAGUUCCUUAGGUUAGAACCUGUUGGUACCUGAUGGAACAUGAUGAACAGUUCGAUAGCGACGCGGUUGCCGGUAGCGGCGUUUGGUGGAGUUUAGAAUGAAUAUCACCGCCGACAGGUGGAACAUCUUGGUACCUGACAGAAACAUUUGAUGUGCAUGUUUCUACGAUUUGCCGUUUGACGGAUAGCCAGUUGAAUGGUACCGCGUUGUCUUUUCGAUUUACGUGUACUUCGAGACGUUUUCUUUGGGAUGAUCAGUGCCCCGGAGCACUUCUACGGUAGAAGAUGCGAUGUAGCCAUUGGACGUUUCGAAUGCAGGCAGUCUGUUCUGUGUAACACUGCACGAUGACGUGCUAGUUAGAAACUAAGACACAAAUCUCAGCCCCGCCCACCAAACCGCGGCGCGCCCGCCCUUCUACAGCGAAGGACAGUCGUGCCUGCGGGUUUCCUCUGGAACCAUAAGGAAUUUUACUUGGCUAACGUAAAUACUUCUCAUAUUAAAAGCUAAAGGUUCGUCGUUACUGCCUAAAACGUGACGUUUGGCUGAGCAGCGAUUUCAAUAUCCAUGAUGAAAUUUACCAGGACGUUCGAGUUUCCGACCUAAAACCAGCGACAAAAACGUGUGUCUAUGGGAAAGUAAACUAUCCGAAACACUCGAGAUGUGCAUGACGUCACGAAAUUGAGUAAGCGCUAUUGGUUGGAGCAUUUACGCGAGUUCUUUGUGGGAGGUACAGCAAUGGCUGUGCGCGGACCUGAAAUAUUUCUCUUAGUUAGUAACCGAGUAUAACACAUCUGCUGGCCUCUUUGGUUUCGCUGACUUCACCGUGUCACCGUGUUUGUUGGCGCACCGACAAAGCUCUUAUGAUCAGUGCAAAAGCUGCGUGCCCUUCCCAUGCAUUCGGGAGAGUCGCCUGUUCCUAUGCGCUCCUACGCGUUGAUACCUUUGGCAAGAGCAUUUUUUUGCACCGUGCAUAAUCUCCUGUACAGCCUGUCCUACUGUUUUAAGUUAUUUCCCUUCCCGCGUGCCGAGCGUGUGCGUCACGUGGCAGCCACGUCACCUGUGACGUACAUGCUCAGCGUGUACGUCACAAGCGCGUGCGCCCGCGUUAGCCGACACGCUAGCGCCAAAGGCUGUGCAGAAGUUUUCAUAAAGAAAUAUAAAACUGACACGAGGGGAACACAUGUGAUUUUACUUUUCCUAAAUACUCGUUUGUGGAUGUUGUUGGGUUUCAUUUUUAUUUUGCUUUUUUGUUGCCGCCGUUGUUGUUUGUGGUUCUCGAUAGUUAUUUUGUUCACUGUUUUCCAUUCAAGCUGUAUUUCACCAUGUUGCCUUUCUCGGGAAAGUUUGAACGCGUGGUCUGUAAACCGCGUGCUUUUCUCGCGAUCAGCGUUGUACAGUUAAGAAGAAAAAAAAAAAAGGCUUUCGCAUGAAAAUCUCACGCCGUUCAUUCAAAUAAAUAAAGUACAGGCUGCUGUCUUCCA